AUGUCGGACUAUUUGCCUGAUAGCGUUCUGCAUGAAAUCUUUUGCAGGCUGCCUGUAGAAAGCAUUUUACGAUUCAGGUGUGUAUCGAAUCAAUGGUGUUCUCUCAUUUCUUCUCAAGAUUUCAUCUCCACUCACUUAUCUCACUCCCUAUCGAUCACUUCUAAUGCCACUCCCCUAAUCCUCCUUCGUCACUUCUCCUUGGAAUCCAGGAACCAAGAACACUACUCAGUCUACUUUGACCCUUCAAAAACCGAAAAUCUGACCCUUGUUAAAGAACUCAAGUUUCCCUUCAAGACUAGGUCUGGGCACCACUUUAGAGUUGUGGGUUUCUGUAAUGGUCUGUUUUGCCUUUCUGAUGAUAUCGUGGAAGAAACAUAUACAAUCAUUCUCUGGAACCCCGCUAUUCGCAGAAGUAUCACCCUCCCUAACCCUCAUGUUCAGUUUGGUUCAUACAGCCCUCACAUCUGCCUUGGAUUUGGGUUUGAUCAGAAAACCCAUGAUCAUAAAGUGGUGAGGAUAGCCUAUUUGCAUGACAAUCAUGGUGCUAAUACAGUACUGCCUCCUAAAGUUGAGGUCUACAGUUUAAGCACUGGUUUGUGGAAAACAGUUAACUCAAAGGACAUUCAUUGUAAAAUUAUUGAGCGUUUCUAUACUAGUGCCUAUUUAAGUGGGGCUAUUCAUUGGAUUUCCUAUACUGAGAAUGAAGGUGGGGAAUUCACUAAUAGCCUGUUGGUUUUUGAUCUGAGUGAAGAGAAAUUUAGUGAAAUAGGUUUGCCACGAGAGCUAAUUCAUGUUUCUCCUACAGAUUUGUCUGUAAGUUUGUGUGGGGGUCAAAUUUCUAUGAUUUGGUUCGAAACAUGCUGGGAUUGUGAUGAAUCGUGGGAUCGCUGUGCUGUUUGGGUUAUGAACCAAUAUGGUGAAUUGGAGUCAUGGACUAAGAAGUUUGUACUGGUUCUGGAGGGAGGGAUUUCACAAGCUAUUGGGUUUAGGGGAAAUGGGGAAUCUCUGGUGAUGGAGUAUAAUGGAGAUCUUUUAUCAUAUAAUCCCGAGAGCAUGGAAUGGAAGGAUCUUGAUAUCUAUGGUGAGCGUUAUUCAUUCUUCUUGAGCAAAUACAUUGAGAGUCUAGUGUUGCUUGAUGGAAGCAGUGGGGCUACAACUGAUCCUUCUGAUGCUGAAGUUGAAGCUAUUGGUGUAGACUUUUCUCGAUAUUUUGGUGGUUAUGUCAAGGCCAUGUGGAAGUGCCCUGAGCAUGGGACAAAUGCUGAAUUUACUGAUAUGUUUGGUGUUACCUGGAUUAAUGGAUUGCUUUUAAAGAGUCUCCAGAAACUUAAUGAUCUGCUCCAUCCUGCUUUGCUGAUGUGCAUUUUCUUUGUAUCAGCUGGAGACCUGGCAUAG